AUGACUCCAAAAUGGAGACAUACUGUUAUGGAGAAGGACGACCUAGUGUGGGAGCAGCUCGAAGACGAUCUCGAAACUUGCGCGCUCAUCCUGAAAUACCGGCCUGGUGAAGCUGUGGAGCUUCACAUGCCGAUUAAAGAGGGAUACAACGCCUUCUACCGCCUCGAGUAUAAAGAUGGCUCAUCGACUGGGAUGAGAAUCCCUUGCAAUGGCAUUGUCAAGUUCCCCAAAGAGAAAACCCGCUACGAGGUAGCUAUGAUGAAAUUUACGGCCGGGGCACCGCUGAGAAGAACCCCACUGGUCUCGGCCCAUUCAUUCCUCUACGGCCAAAUGGCCAACAUCAUCCUCCAGCUCUCCAUCCUCACCUUCCCCCGCACCGACUCCCUAGACCAAGACUCCAACGGCACCAUCUCGGUUUCCGAUCACCCCAUAACAAUGAACAUGAACAACCUCAUCGAGCACACCAACAUCCCCCCCUCCAUCCUCCCCACCCACCCAUACUCCGCCCUAGCAGACAUGCACCUCACGCAGCUGACAUUCCAGCACAGCGACGCUAAGAUGCGGAUGAUGAAGUCGUUGCGAACGGGAUAG